AUGCAAUUGCUCACCUACAGCAGCUCGAAUGCCAUAGUUGCGGCUGCGUCUGACACGCUGUCGACGUCCGUCAGUCUACCAACAUCUCACCCCAUUGCCCAGAAGAAUGUCGCGACUCCGAGCGUCGACGCCUCCAUGCGGUACACCCUGGCAGAAGGCGAAUUCGACUCCGAGGCCCUUCCAGGUUCGCCACCGUUGCUAGUACUGUACCGCAUCCGGAAACGACACAUCGAUCGAACCGUCCGGCGAUAG